AGGAUGGCGUGCCUCACUCAUGACGCUGAGCAGUUUGAUGGCUUCGAAUCUGCCACGGAGCCUUUACAUAAGUGGUUUGGACACGGUAUUGGAUAUACUUAAGUUCAACCACGACCAUCAUCUUAUCCUCUAACUUAUCUGGUGGUCAUCAUGUCGUCCAGAGCGAAGCGUAGGGCAGAGCCAGAGAGGAAGUCGCCUCGUAAGAGUAAGAAAGUGAGAUACCAAGAGGACGACGACGAGAGUGAUGGUGAUGCUUACGAAGGAAAGGACGACUUUGAUGACGAACUGCAAGGCCUCGCAGCAAGCAAUAUCAUACAAGGCCGCAGGACGAGGGGAGUCCGAGUCGAUUACACCAAAGUGGAAGGCUUUCCUGGGGAUGGAGACGAAGAUGAAGACGAUGGAGGAAUAAAUGUGGAGGAUCAGAACGGAGGUGAGCAGGAAGAAGAGGAAAUACCAAAGAAAAAGAAACGAGCACCCAAGCCCAAGGUGUCCAAGGCAAAUAAAGUUGCGCCAGCCCCCAAGGAAUCCAAGAAGGCUAGUACUACUUCCAAGAGUGGCAAGAACAGCAUUUCCAAGUCGAAAAGACGCGCCGUUCUGGAGUCUGACAUGGAGGAAGAGAGCGACCAGAAGGAUAACAGGAACAAGGGCGAUGAAAGCAAGGAGUGAGUAAAGCGGCGCACAAUAACAGCAGUAUCGUCACUUCAAGACAGGGUCAUACCAUGACACAGACUUGUUGUAUUUGUACCGAUCUCCCAGCGGAAUCAUAUUCUGUAUAUUUUCGAUGUUUAUCACUGAGACAGAACGACGAGCGUUGCUCCUAGACAUCUCAACAGGUAUACAGAUCGCGGCCUGCUUAUGAGAAUUCCUACGUACAGUGACAUGGUUAGCAAACGAGUUCCUCCAUUAUAAAGUGUAUUGAAAAAA